UGGGGGGCACAGUGAGUAGAGAGUGGUGGAGAUAGGACCUGGUAGAAGGUAGUCUUACGUGAACUUCUUGUCUUCUGCACAGAUGGCUGCACCACUACUAACCGUCCUGCUCGCUGUUCUACCAGUCACCCUUUGCUACCCAACCUCAUAUGUUGACCUUGAAGGCAUAGGCAGUAACCGGUCAUCUAUUCGCUUCCUGGCACUUGGAGACUGGGGAGGCCUCCCCUACCCUCCCUACAUCACCCCCAUUGAGAAGGCCACGGCUGUUGAGAUGGGCAGAGUUGCUGAGAACAUGGGAGCAGAUUUUAUUCUCGCCCUGGGAGACAACUUUUAUUACAAGGGGGUGACUGAUGUCAAUGACCCCAGGUUUGAGGAGACCUUCGAGCGAGUGUACACUGCCAAGUCUCUGUACGUCCCAUGGUUUGUCGUUGCUGGCAACCAUGACCAUGCAGGGAACGUCCAGGCUCAAAUUGAUUACACAAAGGUGUCCAAGAGAUGGCAAUUCCCGUACUACUACUACGAGCUGAACUUCCGCAUCCCUCAGACGGACAGCACUGUGACCAUCCUCAUGUUGGACACGGUUCUGCUGUGUGGUAAAACCGAUGACUUUCUGAACGAGAAGCCCCGUGGUCCCCAUGGCACCCUUGCCAACCAACAGCUGGCCUGGCUGCAGGAUCGCCUCGCCCGCUCCAAGGCUGACUUCCUCCUCGUCGCUGGCCACUACCCUGUGUGGUCCAUCUCUGAGCACGGCCCGACUGACUGCCUGCUGAAGAAGCUGCGCCCCCUCCUGGUCAAGUACAAGGCUACAGCCUACUUCUGCGGCCAUGACCAUAACCUACAGUAUCUGAAGGAGUCUGGAAUUGGCUACGUGGUCAGUGGCGCUGGGAACUUCAUGGACCCUGACGUACGCCAUCGCAAACACGUUCCCCAUAACUCCCUCAAGUUCUUCACCGGCAAGGCCUCGACCCUAGGUGGCUUUGCCCACGUUGAGAUCACCAAGAAGAAAAUGACCAUGACCUUUAUACAAGCCAGGGGCACGUCUCUGUACCAGGCCGUCCUUCCCAAACGGGAUCUGGACUUUGACAGAGUGGCCGACUCUGAGUAGCAGUUAUGUUUUGAAAAAGUCUUUAGUCUCCACCCUUAAACAAUGUGUACAAAAAAAUGUAAAAUCCACAGGGUCAGUGUCUAAUCCAUGUUUUAAGAAUAUUUUAGUACACUGGAAUA